GAGAGAGAGAGAGGUUUUCUCGAUUCAAAUCUCCGACGAUUCCAGUCAUCAAAUCCACGUAAAACCAACCUUCUCAAUCUCAAUCUGACCAGAUUCGGAUUUCUCCGAGUUCUGGCAAUUGAAAUUCAGUUAUUGUUUCGUCUUGAUCUGUCUAAAUAAAAAACCCAGAUUCGUAGAAAACUUGAAUUCCGAGAGUUCCGGUUCAAUUAACCAUAAGCUUCCAGCAAAGCAAUCGAAGAUCGGACGCGAUUCGUUGUUCUUUAAGGUCAGCUCCACGUCUUACUGUUUCAUUUUCUUUUCUAUUGAGAUUUUGAAUUCUAGGGUUUCGAUCAAGAAAGAGGUUUGAGUUUCGACUGCCGCGAAGUCGUAGUUGAAGGCGAUCUUUCUUCAGAUUGGAUUUUUCUAGGGUUUUUGGAACAUGUUUUAGUUUUGGAUUCGAGAAAGAGUGAUUCGAUUGUCAGCAGUCUGUUUGAUUGAGAUUCGAACGCAAUCUGGUCUUUCUUGCUCUAACUGUAAGCAGAGAGGAGAUUUGAAUUUUAGUUUGAUUGGAGGCAGCUUGCGAGGUUCGAUUCUUGCGAUCUUUAUAUACGUUCAUUCGACCAGGAAACUCGCGAAUGGCAGUUUGAAGGAUUUGUGGAUAAAGCUAGAUUUCCACAAAUGAGGAUUUUGAUUCCGAUUUCUGUGGAAAAUUAAGUGUUUUGAUGACUGUUUGAUCUAGUUUUCACCAAGUUUGUGUGAUUGUUGAUAAAUAAGACAAGGGAUUACAAUAAAGAUCUAAGAAGAUUGGUGAUAGAGUUUUGUAGUUUCUAGAGGGAAGUGCGAUGAAGCCCGUGGUGAGGAGUCGGGCAGAUGAGGAAGCAGGUGAUAAGUUGUUGAAUGGAACUACAAGCAAGGAUGUGUCACUUGGACUAUUAAAGAUCAUUUCAGCUUUGGUUAUUUUUGUAACUGGGGUGUUUAUAGGCUUGUCAGCUAGUGCCCAUGUCACUCGAUACUUUACCUCUCACACUGAACUGUUCUUUCCUACACAUCUGCCGGUUUGCCAGGAUGAGGAUUGUUUGAGCAUGAGGAAUUUCAUCCACCCGCGGCAUAUGACGCAUGAGAUGACAGAUGAGGAGCUUUUCUGGAGGGCUUCAAUGGUACCGAGAAAAGAGAAGUAUCCAUAUAAGAGAGUGCCGAAAGUGGCGUUCAUGUUUUUGACGCGGGGGCCUUUGCCACUUGUGCCUUUGUGGGAUAGGUUUUUCUAUGGCCAUGAAGAUCUGUUUACUAUUUAUGUGCAUGCACUUCCGGGCUACAAGCUCAAUGUUUCCCAAACCUCAGCUUUCUUUGGGCGGCAGAUUCCUAGCCAGGACGUUAAGUGGGGAACAGUAGAACUGGUAGACGCAGAGAGGCGCCUCUUAGCCAAUGCUCUUCUUGAUUUCUCCAAUGAGCGGUUUGUUCUACUCUCUGAGAGCUGCAUUCCGGUCUAUGACUUCGCCACCAUCUACAAAUACAUCACCGGCUCAGUCCACAGCUUCAUUAACUCCUAUGAUGACCCUACCCGCUACGGUCGCGGCCGUUACAGCCGGAACAUGUUGCCUGAUAUCCAGCUCUUCCAAUGGAGAAAAGGGUCUCAAUGGUUCGAACUCAACCGUGGAUUAGCUGUAAAUAUAGUUGCGGACACCAAAUACUACCUGCUAUUUAGGAAAUAUUGUAAGCCUUCUUGCUACCCAGAUGAGCAUUACCUGCCGACUUUCCUGAACAUGUUCUACGCACCUCUGAACUCGAAUCGGAGCUUGACAUGGGUCGACUGGUCGAGGGGUGGCCCCCACCCAGCAACAUAUGGAGCUGCUGACAUUACAGAGAGUUUUAUUAUGUCAAUAAGGGAUAACGGGACUGACUGUGUGUAUAAUUCUGGGCGGACUUCUGUUUGUUUCCUCUUUGCAAGGAAGUUUGCUCCCAGUGCGCUAGAGCCCCUGCUCAACCUCACUUCCACAGUAAUGAAAUUUUGAAAAAAAAAAUAAAAAAAUCUUUUAUAACAGAAGAACAAAGAAAAAAAAUUGGAUCCAGAAUUCCAGAUAGUACUUUACAUGUGUUUUUGUUGGUUGUCCAUCCAGAUUUUUCUUAUUUUUUGGCAGCUGCAGUUGUUGAUUUUAUUAUUUCCCUGGUAGUUUUGUUUUUUUGUUUUUUUUAUAUUGGAUAUUUGGCCCACCAAAUUGUGAGCCGAAACCUAUCUCUACUGUUUGUAGACCACCCUUGGUGAUCUGAACCAUUCAUUUAAGUGGGCGAUGGUGCAAAGUUCAGUUCA